CUUCAUCCGCGACGUGCCGAAGAGUCUGAGAAGUACAAAGGAUACUCAAUGUGUAUAAAGUAAAUUGCGGAAGGACGACGGGAAAACGUGUAACAUAUAUAAUGUAUACAGAAUCGGGAGUAUCUCGCUUGUAUCUCGAUUAGCGUAUUCUGUGUCGAAGAACUGUGAUGUAAAACCGCGAAGUUUAAUCAGCAACGAUUAAGAAGGCGACACAUUAAUGUAAAGUUUAUCGUCACCAAUUCUUGAACCAGUUCUCAUCUCAAGUUAGCGGGCAUUCGUUCGGAGCGGAAGUUAUCGUAACUUUGUGUAUGCUCAUACGAAGACAUGUUUAAACGGAACGUUUGUCGAAAUGUCAUAUUUGUCAACGUAGGAAUUCAGAAAAUGUGUCAAGGAAAUUCAAGAAAACAAGACAAGCGUCGAGAGAUUACUCAUCAGCAGAAUAAAAAGACUCUUACGUCAUCUCGAAGGAUAGAUUUGUUAUACGUUGCAAAAGCAAUUUCUGAGGAUGAUCUAUGGUGGAAUUCAGAAAGUGCCAAGAUUACUGACCAUCCAUGUAAAAGGAAUCGUACGUCGUUUCCAAGAGUAGAUUUCGGUCACAACAUUUCUUACCAGCGAUAUUACUUCGCAAGGGAAUACGGGAAACUCCAGGACGCGCCAGGAUCGCUGACCAACCGCGGGUUUUCAAAGUACUUUAUGCGGAACAAUAUAGAGAAGAAUCUAAUCGAGUUAUUAUUAUCAUCGAUGAUCACUGACAUUGCCAUUAUAGCAACAAAUGAAAAUAGUAAGAAUAAUUUGGAGCAAUUACAUUCGCAUAACGAUAAAAAUAAUGGCGCUCCCCACCUCAUUUACAGAUAG